GCCAGUGGAGCGCCGAUCCGGCCCGAUCGGAGGCGGGUUGGAUGUGAUCGGGUGCGAUUGCGGGGCCCUGGCAGGAGCCGCACCUCGGACAGCAGCGGCCGCCGCGCCCCCCGACCGACCGACCGACCGAGCGAGCGACACCCCGACGGGACCCACCCCGACGCCACAGGGACUGAGGUGCCGAUCGGCCGCGCGGAAGCCUCCCGUCCGUGCGCCGACCGCCCGAGCGGGAGUCGAGAGGAGCCGGCCCGGUCGGGGCCGACCGGUCACCAUGCGGAAGGGGCCGCCCGCGGACCCCGAGGCGGCCGACCUGUUCGCCCGAGAUGAUCCCGAGGAGAUUUUCGUGGGCCUGCACGAAAUCGGGCAUGGGAGUUUCGGAGCCGUGUACUUCGCCACCAAUUCCCACACCGGCGAGGUGGUGGCCGUUAAGAAGAUGUCUUACGGCGGGAAGCAGACGAACGAGAAAUGGCAGGACGUCCUCAAGGAGGUCAAGUUCUUACGCCGGCUGAAACACCCCAACACCAUCGAGUACAAAGGUUGUUACUUGAAAGAACACACGGCCUGGUUGGUGAUGGAGUACUGCCUGGGCUCAGCCUCCGACCUGUUAGAAGUUCAUAAGAGGCCGCUUCGGGAAGUGGAGAUAGCCGCCAUCGCGCACGGCGCCUUGCAGGGGCUGGCCUACCUGCACUCUCGUACUCUGAUCCACCGGGACAUUAAAGCCGGAAACAUCCUGCUGACGGAGCCCGGCCAGGUGAAGCUGGCCGAUUUCGGAUCCGCCUCCGUAGCUUCUCCCGCCAACUCUUUCGUGGGGACGCCGUAUUGGAUGGCUCCGGAGGUCAUCUUGGCCAUGGACGAGGGGCAGUACGACGGGAAAGUGGACGUCUGGUCUCUCGGGAUCACGUGCAUCGAGUUGGCGGAACGGAAGCCCCCCCUCUUCAACAUGAACGCGAUGAGUGCCUUAUAUCACAUAGCCCAGAACGAUUCCCCGACGCUGCAGUCCGACGAAUGGACGGACUCCUUUAGAGGAUUCGUCGAUUACUGCUUGCGGAAGAUACCUCACGAGCGACCGGCGUCGGUGGAUCUCUUACGGCACGACUUUGUCCGCCGGGACCGGCCGGUCCGCGUCCUGACGGACCUCAUCCAGAGGACCAAAGAUGCCGUCCGCGAGCUGGACAACCUGCAGUACCGGAAAAUGAAGAAGAUCCUCUUCCAAGAGUCCCGGAACGGGCCCCUGAACGAGUCCCAGGAAGACGAAGGAGAGGGCGAGGCGGGGUCCGGCUCGAGCGGGCGCGUGGGCAGCCUGGACAGCGACCGCUCCGUCCCGAGCGCGUCGGUCAGCACCAGCAGCCGCAGCAGCAGCCUCGCCAGCGUCACCAGCGUCCAGGACCUCGCCGACGAGGCCGCCGACCCGCUCCCGCCGCACGACUCCCACGACCCCGCCGCCGGCGGGGGAGCCCGGCAGGCCGGCACCGUCCGCUCCGUGCCCGCGCACAAGAAGGAUCAUGUCUUCUUAAGGUAUGAGGUGGGCCACAAGGAAUCCCGGCCCGAGCCGCCGCCUUCUCAGCCCGUCCACGGCCGGGCCCUCUGCUACCGGAACCGAGAGCGUUUCGCCACGAUCAGAUCGGCAUCUUUGGUUACACGCCAGAUCCAUGAGCAUGAGCAGGAGAACGAAUUGCGCGAACAGAUGUCAGGUUAUAAGCGGAUGCGGCGUCAGCACCAGAAGCAGCUGAUCGCCCUGGAGAACAAGCUGAAGGCCGAGAUGGACGAGCACCGCCUGAAGCUGCAGAAGGAGGUGGAGACCCAGGCCAACAACUCGUCCAUCGAGCUGGAGAAGCUCGCCAAGAAGCAAGUGGCCAUCAUAGAGAAGGAGGCGAAGACGGCCGCAGCCGACGAGAAGAGGUUCCAGCAACAGAUCUUGGCCCAGCAGAAGAAAGACUUGACGACCUUCUUAGAGAGCCAGAAGAAGCAGUACAAGAUUUGCAAGGAGAAGAUAAAGGAGGAGCUGAACGAGGAUCACAGCACACCCAGGAAAGAGAAGCAGGAGCGGAUUUCGAAGCAUAAAGAGAACCUGCAGCACACCCAGGCCGAGGAGGAGGCGCACCUCCUCUCCCAGCAGAGACAGUACUACGAUAAAAACUGCCGUUUCUUCAAGCGGAAGACGAUGAUCAGGAGGCACGAGAUGGAGCAGCAGAACAUUCGGGAGGAGCUGAACAAGAAGAGGACGCAGAAGGAGAUGGAGCACGCCAUGCUGAUCCGGCACGACGAGUCGACGCGGGAGCUGGAAUACCGGCAGCUGCACGUGCUGCAGAAGCUGCGCUUGGACCUCAUCCGCCUGCAGCACCAGACCGAGCUCGAGAACCAGCUCGAGUACAACAAGAGGCGGGAGAGGGAGUUGCACAGGAAGCACGUCAUGGAGCUGCGGCAGCAGCCCAAGAACUUGAAGGUCAUGGAAUUGCAGAUCAAAAAGCAGUUCCAGGACACUUGCAAAGUCCAGACCAAGCAGUAUAAAGCACUGAAGAAUCACCAGUUGGAAGUUACUCCAAAGAAUGAGCACAAAACCAUCCUGAAGACCCUGAAGGACGAGCAGACGAGGAAGCUGGCCAUCCUAGCCGAGCAGUACGAGCAGAGCAUAAACGAGAUGAUGGCUUCUCAGGCGUUACGGCUGGACGAGGCUCAGGAGGCGGAGUGCCAGGCCCUGCGACUGCAGCUCCAGCAGGAGAUGGAGCUGCUCAACGCCUACCAGAGCAAGAUCAAGAUGCAGACGGAGGCCCAGCACGAGCGGGAGCUCCAGAAGCUCGAGCAGAGGGUGUCUCUGCGCAGGGCCCAUCUGGAGCAAAAGAUCGAAGAGGAGCUGGCCGCCCUGCAGAAGGAACGCAGCGAGAGGAUCAAAAACCUCCUGGAAAGGCAAGAGCGAGAGAUUGAAACUUUCGACGUGGAGAGUCUCGGAAUGGGAUUCGGGAAUUUGGUCACAUUAGAUUACCCUAAGGAGGACUACAGAUGAGAUUAAAUUUCUUUCCUUUUUUUUGUUUUUUUUGCCAUUUACAGAAAAAACAAACAAACCCCCCCCCCCAAUAAAAACCCAAACCGACCCCCCCCCCCACCACCACAAAACAAACCGACCCAACGAAACAGAAACGGAAACGAAACCCCGCAAAACCACAUUCCCCAUUGGAAGGGGCGUUGCUCUCGUGCGCUCUGUCUCUCUCCCUCUGUAUCUCUCUCUAUCUCUCUCUUACUGUUACUGACAUCGUGUCGGACCUAGUGCCUGUACCUUCUAGUCCAUCAGGACCUCCCCGCCUCCCCCUCGCCCCGCCGCCCCCCCCCCGUCCGCCCCCCGCUCCCCUCCCCGUGUCCAAUUUCGGGGCAGGCCCACGCCUCGCCCCCUUAGACCCGUAGUACGUCACAGUGUUGAAGUGAUUCAAAACGUUUCAGCGAAAACUUUGGAGACAGUUGCAAACCAAACCGACGACGACAGAAAAAAAAAAAAAAAGAGUGGAUGGAUGUCGCUUUGAGAAAUCACUCAUUGCCACCGAUCUCUGAAAGUAAAGCAAAAAAAAAAAUACCCUAUAUAUAUGUAUAUGUACAUAGGCAUACAUAUAUAUAUAUGAUAGAUGCCAAGGAGGAGAGAGACACAAUGUCCGCAGCCUUACACCUUUAACUAGCUGCUGCAUUCUUUUAUUUUAUUUAAUUUUUUUGGUAUUUAUUCAUCAGGAAUUAAAAAAAAAAUACAAAGUUUUAUUAAAGAUUGAGAAAUUUGAUACAUUUUACAGAAACUAAUUGUGAUGUACA